AUGUCUAACGUCGACCCCUUGGCAGAAGUGACCGCCUCUCUCGCUUCAGUCCAGCUGAUCCCCGACGUCAUCCCGCCGUCUGCUGCGUUCUCCCCUUCCGUUCUCUUCUCCGUCGUAUGGCCGACUGGGAAGGAAGCGCUUCUUGGGAACGAGCUAACCAGGGACGAAACGCUCGAUGAACCAGAUAUCGUCUUUACUCCGAUGGGUACACCGAACUCAGGGGAGGGUAGUAGCGAAACGAGCUAUACGUUGGUUAUGUGCGAUCCAGACGCCCCCUCACGGGCUGAUCCAAAGUAUAAGGAGUUCAGGCACUGGGUGAUAACUGGCCUCAAGUCCCCUGCCAGAACAUCUGACCAAACGAGCAGUUUGAGCGCUCUAAAGACGAAGCCAUCCACCACGCCUUACAGACCACCUGGGCCACCUCCAGGCAGCGGACUACAUCGCUAUGUAUUCUUGCUCUUCGAAGAGCCGUCUAGCGCUGGUGAAUUUACCAUCCCAGCAGGUUCGCCGGAAUACGGGGCGGCGCUCGAGGAGCGGAGGAGCUGGGGAGCGAUCAAGUUUGGCGAGACGUACGGGCUCAAGCUAGUCGGAGCAACUUUCUUCCAUGUUCGCUCAGUCGAGUAA